AUGUGGUUGUCCCACUGGAAUGCCUGCAUCUACUACGCCAUCUCCAAGUCCAUUGGUUUUGGGGUCGACACCCGGGUUUACCCCAACAUCACUGACCCUGAGUAUGGCUACCUGUCUAGGGAAUACAUCUAUUGCCUUUACUGGUCUACACUGACCCUCACCACCAUUGGGGAGACACCACCCCCUGUAAAAGAUGAGGAGUACCUACUUGUCAUCUUUGAUUUCCUGAUUGGUGUCCUCAUCUUUGCCACCAUCGUGGGAAACGUGGGCUCCAUGGUCUCCAACAUGAACGCCACCCGGGCUGAGUUCCAGGCCAAGAUCGAUGCCGUCAAACACUAUAUGCAGUUCCGAAAGGUCAGCAAGGAGAUGGAAGCCAAGGUCAUUAGGUGGUUUGACUACCUCUGGACCAAUAAGAAGAGUGUGGAUGAGCAGGAAGUUCUCAAGAAACUGCCAGCCAAGCUGAGGGCUGAGAUAGCCAUCAACGUCCACCUGUCCACGCUCAAGAAAGCGCGCAUCUUUCACGACUGUGAGGCUGGCCUGCUGGUGGAGCUGGUAUUAAAGCUCCGUCCUCAGGCCUUCAGUCCUGGGGGUUACAUCUGCCGCAAGGGGGAUAUUGGGAAGGAGAUGUACAUAAUCAAGGAAGGAAAAUUGGCAGUGGUGGCUGAUGAUGGCGUCACUCAGUAUGCCCUGCUCUCGGCUGGGAGUUGCUUUGGAGAGAUCAGUAUCCUUAACAUUAAAGGCAGCAAUGGCUACUCAGAUCUCUUCUGCUUGUCCAGGGAUGAUCUUAUGGAAGCUGUGACGGAGUACCCUGACGCCAAGAGGGUCUUGGAGGAGAGAGGCCGGGAGAUCCUGAUGAAGGAGGGAUUGCUGGAUGAGAAUGAGGUGGCAGCCAGCAUCGAGGUGGACGUGCAGGAGAAGCUAGAACAGCUGGAAACCAACAUGGAGACCUGGUACACUCGCUUUGCCUGCCUGCUGGCUGAGCACACAGGGGCCCAGCAGAAGCUCAAGCAGCGCAUCAUGGUUUUGGAAACCAAGAUGAAGCAGAACAAUGAGGACGACCACCUGUCAGAUGGAGUGACUAGCCCCAAGCCAGCCGCUGCUGAGAAGCCAUAAUGGCUUGGGCCCAACGGCCUCUCCAGCCUUGGCCUUGGCCCCAGGGGCUAGAAGAGAGCUGUGUAGGUCCCCACAUAUAUAUGCAUUACCCCCAUGUCCCCUUGAUUUCUCCCAGAUGCCUCUCUGUCAGCAGGUUUUUGACUCAAUCAUCCAGAAGCCCUUCUCCAAGUCCAGCUAACAGCCAAUCUUGUGCAGAGUGCAGACUGUGUUUGGCUCGGCUUCCAGAAGCUUCAGCCUGUCCAAGUUUAAGGAAGGAAGAGGAGAGCAGCAGCACGUCUCUGGGCUCCUUUGUACCUAGUCACCUCCCACUUUGUUCUUUUCUUUUUUUAAAAAAUUUCUUUUUAAAUUUUUAUUGGAAUAUAGUUGAUUUACGAUGUUGUGUUAG